AUGGGGCUAGGCAACCUUUUGUCUGGCCUUUCUGGGACGCCGAUACAGUUAUUCGCGGCGAGAGCAUUCACCGGCUUUGGUGCGGGAGCUAUUAAUGCGCUUGUUCAGAUUGCCAUUGCAGAUAUCACGACAUUAGAGCAGCGCGGGUAUUAUUUCGGCAUGGUUGGGGUAGCAACUGCGUUUGGAAACGGGCUCGGUCCUGUUAUCGGGGGAGCUCUCACACAGAGAGCUGGAUGGCAGUGGGCGUUCUGGUUCGUAUGUCCCUUAAUAAUGGUGGCUAUCUGCUAUCUCGUGAUGGUGUGGCCGGAAUCUUCUUCCUCCGCGUAUACAACGGACCGAGUCUGGAACAAGUUGAAACUGGUGGACUGGGCUGGAGCUCUGGCGAGUCUAUUCGGGAUUGCGAUAUUUUUGAUACCGAUAUCGCAAGGCGGAGCAAGCAUGCCCUGGCCCUGGACCUCACCGGUGACCAUCGGCAUGCUCAUCACUGGCGUCACGCUAUUUCUCGUCUUCUUGAUGGUCGAAUGGCGGUUUGCGAAAUUCCCCCUACUGCCAGCCCGACUAUUCAGCUACGGCCGUUCCACAAACAUUUUGAUAUCUAUCAAUGUCCUCAUAGGCUGGAUAUACUGGGGUAAUUUGUUCAUCCUCCCACUGUACCUGCAACACGUUCGAGGAGCAAGCCCAUCUGAGGCUGGAGUAUUGCUGCUCCCUCUGGUCAUUGCCCACGGACUUACCUCGGCCCUGACUGGUAUUCUCAUAUCCAUAUUCGGGCACUAUAAACCAAUUCUUGUGACCGGAGCUGUUUGCUGGACACUGGGCGGAGUCGCGAAGUUUUAUUAUGACCAAGAGACCGCCAUCUGGAGGAUUGUCGUCGUUGGAAUCCUUGAUGGUGUAGGCGUUGGGUGUUCCUUGCAGCCUGUUCUUGUCGGCCUUUUAGCAGGGUCCGAUACCAGCGAUCGAGCGGUUUUGACAGGAUUACGGAAUUUCUUGAGAGAUAUGGGAGGAGCAACCAGUAUUACAGUUUCCGGCACUAUCUUGAGAAACGUAUUAUAUGCUCGAUUAGGAUCCUGGUUCAAUCAAGAAACCAUUGAGAAACUGAUCUCAUCAGGUUCUACAUUGGGGAAUUGGCAGCUUACGAAGGAAGAAAGAAGGUUGGUGUCUCAGGGGUACAAUGAAGGGCUUCAUGCAGUGUUUGCCUCAUUUUUUGUGCUAAUUGCCAUUCAUCUCUGUGCGUGCGUCUGUAUUCGGGACUAUGGUUUAAAACGUGAUGAAGUUCAAGGCAAGCGGCAACAGCAAACUUGCGCACCCUAG